CACAAGGAGAUGAGGCCACGGAAGAAGAGCAGGUCACAGGAGAUGGCGACUCCACGGAAGAAGAGCAUGCCACACUCACUGCGGGAGCUAAAGAUACAAAAGACAAGCACAAGGAAGGAGAAAAAGUAGAUGCGCAACAGUUCGGCUUACCUCUUGCCAGGCACAUCGGUCAGGCAAUCAAUACGCAAGGCGCUGACGCUGAUGCGAGAGAAGAUGCUGGUGGAGAUCGAGGCCAAAAAGAUCACGCUUGGGGCACAGAAAAAAACAAUCAAACGAAGAAGAAAAAAUCAAGCAAAGAAGAAAAAACCCAGAAGACUACGGAAGAAGAUAAGACUAAGGGUUGCCACAUUGCAUUCUUCACUAGCAUCCUUGUCUUUUUUCCCAAUAGGAAAAGGGUCGGAGAUGGUCUGAAGAAUGCAACAAUGCUGCGGCCUCGAAUAAGACCACGGAAGAAGACGACCAGUUAGAUGACUUGUCAGCCCUGCUUGCGAAG